AUGAGCGAAGCCGCGUCGGGGAACGCCAGCGCCGUCAUCCAGUACCGAGACUCGCUGGGCAAAGCGGUGGCCAAGAACCUGCUGGUGCUUGCCAUGGGACUGUCCAUCAACUACAUCAACGUGGGCCUCAUCUACACCUUCUGCAAGCACCAGAUCUUCUACUCGGACCCUCGCUAUAUCCUGUUCUUCCAUCUGGCUGUGAAUGACAUGAUCCAGACGACCAUGAGCCUCAUCCUCUUCUUGAUCAGUUACAUCCUUUACAGGAUCAGCGUGUCGGCGUGCGCCGCUAUACUCCUGCCGGCCGCCCUCACCAACGAGAACACGCCCCUCAACCUGGCGUGCAUGGCGGCCGAGUGUUACAUCGCCGUGUGUCUUCCGCUUCAGCACGCUCGCAUCUGUACGGUCAGGAGAACUCUGGCCCUCAUCGCCUUGAUCUGGACCUGCAGCCUCAUCUCCACCCUGCCGGACCUCUUUGUAACCCUGGCCACCGAGCCGCUGGAGUACUUCUCAUCUCGGGUCUUCUGCACGCGACUAAACGUCUUCCCCAAUCCGCUGCUGGCUGAGAAGCAGAAAUAUGCCUACCUUGUAUACCUUUUUCUUGUAUGGCCGGUCAUUUUCUUCACGUACUUUAAGGUUUUCUUCGUGGCCCAAUCGGCCAGCAAGGAUGCCAAGAAGGCUCAGAGGACCAUCAUGCUGCACGGUUUUCAGCUUCUGCUGUGCAUGACCACGUAUGCGGUCCCAGCGCUCCAGCAAGCUUUGUUCCGCUGGUUCCCCAAGAACUACAAAGACUCUUUGUUCGGCUGCUUCAUCCUCAUUCAGGUCCUGCCCCGCGCCAUCAGCCCCAUCAUAUACGGCGUGAGGGACAAGCGCUUCAGGAGAUACUUCAAACGCUACUUGCUCUGCAACGGCGGCCCUGACUCAGCAGAAAUCAAAAGCGAGAACAACGGCACAGCACCAGCACAUUAACUAACUACAACUGUGUGUGUGUGUGUGUGUUGAAAUUGAUGCUCCGCUGCAGACAACAC